AUGAAGCUCUCCACGUUGACACAGGCCAUUGGUCUGUUCUUGUCUCUCGUCGCUGUCGAAGGCAGUGAAUAUUCGAGAACGGACGCUUGCAAACCUCACCAUCCGUUCAAGCCUCUCCCGGCUAGUCAAGCCAGAACCAAGACUUGCCAUGUCGCAAACCAUGGCAACGGGAAAGACGACUCAGCAAAUAUUCUGUCCGCGUUGGAAAAGUGUAACAACGGUGGCAAGGUCGUCUUCGAUGCCGAUAAGACGUAUACUGUCGGCAAGGCGAUGGAUAUGACUUUCCUAAAACAUGUGGACCUGGAAAUUCUGGGCACUAUUCUAUUCACCAACAACACAGACUACUGGCAAGCUCACGCUUUCAAGCAAGGUUACCAAAACGCAACCACCUUCUUCCAGCUCGGUGGUGAAGACGUCAACGUCUAUGGCGAUGGCACUCUGGACGGCAAUGGACAGGUCUGGUAUGACCUGUACGCUGAGGACCCUCUCAUUCUCCGUCCCGUGCUAGUUGGUGUGAUAGGGUUGCAUGGGGGUACUAUCGGUCCUCUGAAACUUCGAUACUCGCCGCAGUGGUAUCAUUUUGUGGCUAACUCGACCGAUGUGCUCUUUGAGGGGAUUAAUAUUUCUGGGUAUAGUACGAGUGACAAUGUGGCGAAGAAUACGGAUGGAUGGGAUAUCUAUCGCUCGUCGAAUAUUGUUAUUCAGGACUCAGUUAUUAACAACGGUGAUGACUGUGUUUCCUUCAAGCCCAAUAGCACCGAGAUUCUGGUCCAGAAUCUUCAUUGCAAUGGCUCGCACGGUAUUUCCGUUGGCUCCCUGGGUCAGUACAAGGGCGAAAUCGACAUUGUUGAGAACGUGCUUGUCUUUAACAUCUCUAUGUUCAACGCAUCGGAUGGUGCUCGCAUCAAAGUCUGGCCCGGCAUCUCCUCUGCCCUUUCCACAGACCUACAGGGUGGAGGCGGCUCUGGAAGUGUGAAGAACAUCGUCUACGAUACAAUGACCAUUGACAACGUCGACUACGCCAUCGAAGUCACCCAGUGCUACGGACAGAGCAAUCUGACUCUAUGCGAUGAGUACCCCAGUAACCUCACUAUCUCGGAUGUGCACUUUACGAAUUUCAGAGGAACAACUUCUGGAGUAUAUGAUCCUGACGUUGGAACGAUCGUUUGUUCGAGUCCCGAUGUCUGCUCGGAUAUUUAUGCCACAAACAUCGAUGUGACGAGUCCGCAGGGGGAUGAUGACUUUGUUUGCACGAAUGUGGAUGAUAGCUUAUUGGACGUCCAUUGUGUAUCCUCGACCUAG